CUUAUUUUAUCACUCGCUGAUCUAUUUCAGACAUGGAGGUUCUUACGCUUUUGCUCAGUCUCUUAAUCCUUUUAUCUAUUGUUCUGAUGAGUUGGAGGAGACACAAGAAACGACUUGAUCUGCCCCCAGGACCCGUCCCGCUGCCGCUGCUGGGCAAUGUACUACAGGGAAACACGAAGCUGUACGAAUCACAUCGCAAGCUUUCUAAACAGUAUGGUCCAGUGUUCACUAUAUGGAUGGGUUCCACACCAGCAGUUGUACUCUGUGGUUAUGAAGUACUCAAAGAUGCUUUGAUUAUUCAUUCACAUCAGUUUGGUGCCCGUGGAUCCAUGCCAGUAACAGAAAGACUGUCAAAGGGAUAUGGCAUCAUUGGAGUCAAUGGUGAACGCUGGAAGCAGAUGCGGCGCUUUGUACUGACAACACUGAGAAAUUUUGGCAUGGGGAAGAGGUCCAUGGAAGAGAAAAUACAAGAGGAAGUUCAGCACCUAGUACAAGCUGUAGAGCAGACAGGAGGGGAACUAUUAGAUCCUUUGGAUCUCCUUGAGCGUUCAGUAAACAACAUUAUCAACUUUACGGUGUUUGGCAGACGCUGGGAUUAUGAAGACAAGCAGUGCCUCAAAUACCUUAACAUCACCAACAGCUUGAUUGGUUUUAUCAGAUCCCCAUUAGGAGUGACAUAUGCUGCAUUUCCCAGAAUUAUGCGGUACCUUCCUGGCCCACAUCAGAAGAUAUUCCAAGACAGUGAAGUGCUGACAUCAUUUUUCCAUGAGCAGAUUCGUUUUCACUGGAACACACUUGAUUCAGAUUCCCCACGGGAUUUAAUUGACUGUUUUCUCAUCAAGUCUAACGAGGAAAAGGACCUAAACGAAAGUGAAUUCUGCACAGAAAAUUUAGUACAUUCAAUCCAGAAUUUAUAUGUAGCUGGGACAGAGACUACCACAAACACCCUUCAGUUUGGCUUGCUGGUCAUGUUAAAAUAUCCCCACAUUCAAGCCAAGGUGCAGAUGGAGAUAGACAAAAUCGUUGGAUCAGAUCGAUUGCCAGGAUUGGCAGACCGGGCCCAAAUGCAUUACACUAAUGCAGUUAUUCAUGAGAUUCAGAGGUUUUUGGACCUUGUACCAAUGGCCCUUCCUCACAUGUUAACAGAGGACACAGUGUUCCGUGGAUUCAAUAUCCCAAAGGGAACAACUGUUAUACCUAUUCUUGGCUCGGCACUAUGGGACCCGGCCCUAUGGAAAACACCGGAGGAAUUCAAUCCAGGACAUUUCCUUGAUGAGAAAGGACAGUUCUGUUCUCGGGCUGCAUUCAUACCAUUCUCAGCAGGAAAAAGAAUCUGUCCAGGAGAGGGGCUGGCUCGUAUGGAAAUCUUCCUCUUCUUCACAACCCUGCUCCAGAAAUUCGCAAUCAGACCUGCAAGCCCCACUGAUACAUUUAACCUGGGUAUCCUGAGACGAGCCUUCCGGAAAAAGGGACUCUUCUAUCAAAUGAGAGCCAUCCCUAGAACCUGUACUGAGGAGAACUGAAAUCGGCCCAAAUUAAGGAGCAGUAGAAACGUAAUCCAUUAUAAAAAGAAUAAGAAUACAAACAAGGAGAAAAGAAGAUACAUCAAGAUACAAUUACAGAUACAAGACAUCACAAAAACAACAACAAAACUCAUUUGAUGUCCAAUGGAGGGCUACAUAUAUAUAUUCAUAUCUGGCCUUAUUCUCUUUUUUUUUCAUUAUCCUUAACCCCUCCUUUCUCUCGUCUAUAUAUUCUGAAAAUUGGUCGUAUUUUAUCUCCAUUUUUAGCAAUAUUUCUUUAUAAGUGUAUAUAAGCUUUUCACCCCUCAUUUAAAGCCCACAUAUUCUUCAAGUCAUAUUGGCAUAUUAGCAUCCGUCCUAUCUUCAAUGUAUGAUUCUUAUGUGGAAGAUGGGAAAGGAAAAGAAAAAAAAAAAAAAAACUUUCUUUUUUCAAUCCAAUUUAA